AUGAAGCAGGUCUUGGCCUGUCGAAUAGUUGAGAAUGGCAGCGUGAUUGCGGAAUACACUAGUCUACCCCAAAACUCUCAACACGAUCUAGCAUUUAAAAUAGAAAUCCAACUAAACGAAUAUUGGGAAAACGUUAAUCCUGCCGAUUCAGUUGGGCAACUUCAAAUCGAUAACAUCAUAAUCAUACACAUUUUGUAUAAAGGGAACGCUUUUGUUGCUGCCUGUCAAUCACAUGCGGAUGUUCCUUCAGUUAAAAAUCUUUUGGACGACAUUUGCAAGGCAUAUUUUGCCAAACUCAAGUGUGAAAAUAAGGAUAAAACUAUUGCCAGCACUAAGCUAUUGUCCAAGUAUAUAGAGGAGUACAAUUAUACCAUUGGGAAGAUUAACAAGAUCGAAAAUAAUCUAGAAGUAGCUACUAAAACAAUUAAGGAUAACAUAAACAGUGUACUAGAGCGCGGAGAAUUGAUUGAUUCUCUUAUUGACAAAUCACAGACUCUAAUUACACAUACCAAUAGAUUUAAAGUCUCCUCUAGAAGGGAAAGAUACUCACUUUUAGGAGGGUCUUUAAUUCAAAAGGCUGUCAUUGCAUCACUUACUAUCGUUUCCACAGUUUUCAUUUACCGAACAAUUUUCUACUAG